UAUCCGUGUGCUUAUCUCUGACACCUAACGGCUUGUUCCUUUCUCAGUGCCUCUGAUCACGACCACUUCGACCAAAGACAAGCGACUCUCCCGCUUUAUGGAAACCGAGGCUGUGCGUUCUGUUGUGGUCAUGCUGCCUCCCAAGAACUGCCUCCCGAGGAACUACAGCUGCAUAGCUGGGUUGUUCGGGAGCUUGGCAGCAGACCCGAGACUAGAAGACGAAGAGGGGAUGGAGCUGAACGGAACAAGCGAGCCCAUCGAGAUGCACCAUGUGGUGGAUGAGAGACCAAGAGGCCGGGAAUCCUUCCUCAAACCGCCGCAGAGUCCGAACCUGCGCCGGAGGUGCAAGUCUCUGCCGACCCCCAUAGAGAGAGCGAAGCUUGAGAUCUCCCGCAGCCGGAGUCCCUGCAGCAAGAAAAAGGUCCGUUUCGCCGACUCUCUGGGUCUGGAGCUCACCUCUGUGAAGCACUUCAAUGACACAGACAUGCCCGAUGUGCCGGAGCGCAUAAUGGCCAGAUUCGACAGGGGUCCCCUCCAUCUGAACCCCUUUGACAAGUUCCCCAGGGCACCGACCACCCAGUCAAGUUUUAUGGAGUUGCAAUUCAAGAACCCCGGGACCCUGCCAGGCUUUACUGAGAAAGUGAAAGAAGUGAAAGUGUUGUUGGAGUGUGCUGAAGCCGACGAGUUCAGUCUGUCGGGCGUCGUGCGGGUUUUGAACAUGGCUUUCGAGAAAAGUGUCUAUUUGAGGUUCUCAAUCAACAACUGGAUAACCUUCAUGGACAGUCUGGCAUCAUAUAUCCCAGAAUCAAGCGACGGCGUGACAGACAAAUUCUCCUUUAAGAUAAUCACCCCAACAACGUUUCUGGAGAGCGGAGGCACAUUCCAGUUUGCCAUUAGAUACUGUGUUGGUGGAGAUGAGUAUUGGGACAAUAAUAACGGGGUCAACUACAAAGUGCGACGCCACAGGUUUAAGAUUUCUCCACCCCGUGAGUGGGAGGAUGGCUGGAUUCACUUCAUCUAACCUGCAUGCGUCCUUGGCGUUUUCACCCGCGCACUGUGUGUGUAAAGCAAGCAAUCUCUCCACGGGCACCGCUUUACCAUAAUGAAGAAUAGGGCUACCAUAGGCUAUAGCCUCUACACAUUGUGUUAAUAAUCCAACCGCCGUGUAAAGCUGUACACUCAGUCAUUUUUUACAUUGUUUGGGUUGGUUUUUUUCACCACCGUCACAAUGGGUUUGUUUCAUGUCAUUAUGUUUGACAGAUUUGACAGGAUUGAAAGACGAGCCCUUCAUUAUGUGUCAGGCGCGGGAGGUAAAUCUGCUGUAUGAUAAUUAGCCUUGGUGUUGGGAGCUAUGUAGUCCUGUGCCCUUUGGUGUGGCACAACUAUACUCUUAUGUAAUGACACGUGCCAUUGAAAACGUGCCAGGAAUAUACCCCAUUUAAGAAUCACUAUCCCUCUAAAACGCAGCGGUAAUCGAUUCAAUCCCCACCUUUGACUAUUUUAUUAAACAUCUUGUGCGAUGUCUUAACUGUCAACGACUGCUUAUACAAAAAUGGAGGAAAAUGGUUAUGAAAAAUACUAAGACAGCUUCCCGCCCGUCUUCUCUUUGUUUAUUUCCGAUAGCAUGGGACAGCUCACGUGCAUCCCCCUGUGUACCUGUUAUGCCGGAUUUCAAUCCGAUUCUCUCUCAUCUGAAAACUCAAGCGGAUGGGGCAGGCCGAAGCUCAGUCACAACAAUAUUCGCACUGGACCAACAAAGGAAAUAUCAAAUUGUAAUUUAUCUUACCAAUUCCUCAUCUUUUCAUCUUCUUGGAUAUGCCUUAUAAUACCCCUUAUAACUAACGGGGAACGCUGCUUUGCUUUUAUCCUGAUCAAUAUUGGUAUAUUGGUAUCAAUAUUGGGUGUAUUCAGUUUUAUAACUAUUUGAACAUGAAUAUUUCAAUGUUGGGGAAAUGAUUAAACCCUCUCUAUAGCACUGCUCAACGAGAUGAUGUUAGAAAAAGGAAAUCAUCUCACGAGCCUUGUUCGCUGGUUAUAAAUGCACCAGAAUGUUUUCUCCAGAGGAUGGUAACCAAUAGCAGGAGAGUAGACUGGGUCAGAGUGGAGCAGUAGGCUAGCCUAUUAGGAUGCUCUGGUAUGACCCCAAACAUGUUACAUAAUAAUAUGUGGAUCUUUACCACUCUCAAAUGCCAUAUACAUUAUUUUAAACUAGAGGACAUGUAUAUUUGACAAAAAAACUAUUGUACAGAACAUUUUGUUCAGGAUCUUAUACUAGAUUGUUCUCUGCAGUGCAGUCUGCAUAUGUCUAAUUGAUUUCCAGCACCACUAAUCACAGAUCUGCCUAAACUUAAUGGCAUUACAGGUGAUAUUAUACAACAUUGCUGUUGUGACACUCUUGAUCUCAACCAGUCACAAUAUUUCACCAGGUGUCUUGUUGUAAACAAUAGUUGAGGAUAGCUCUAACCCUAAGGUCCACUGCAGAGUCAGUCACCACUGCCUCACCCAUACAGUAUCUCUACCUUCUUCAAGGUUGAGCUUUAAGGACAAAAUCCACAUGGAUAUUACUCCAUUUUAUAACUGUUAUUACACAAUGAUAACUUACAGAGACAGAUACUGUUGGACUUUUGUUUCUGUUCCUUGUUGUGCUUGAAAUGCAACUGUUGCUGUUGAAAAUUAUACAUUUACCUCAGAUCGUUUCUAGAGUGCGGACCUGACGAUCUUCCAAAAAAUCCAGGUUUUUCUCCUUUUAUUCAGGUUGAACAAAACAAAACAUUAUUUUUUUAUGAAAUACAGUAGAACCAAAAUAGUCAAACUCAUGCCAUUUUUAAAACACGCCCAGUCCAGUAAAACAGUAGCAUUUCAUUGUCAGUAUUUUGUAAAUAACUUCCACUGUGCAAUGUUGUAUUUUACAGUGGAACUAUGGUGAUGACAGCAUCUGAACUACUUUUAGGGAUUUCAAAGUUGUAAUGUUAGACUUGGCUGAUGAUAUAGAAAAGAGCCGUGUGUGUUUGGUAGGACUACAUAUUGUACAGUUGAUGGUAUUGCACUGGUGCUUCAUGCUGAAAUCAUUUGUUGACACAUUGGCAUCACAUAAUGCAUGUGUCAAACUCCUUCCACUGAGGGCCGAGUGUCGGCGGGUUUUUGCUCCACCCUUGUACUUGAUUGAUUAAUUAAGGUCAAUAACUAAUAAGGAACUGCUCUCACCUGGUUGUCUUUGACACCCCUGACAUGAGGUGAGUGACCUCAUUAUGGAUGGAUGGCAAACUAAACUUAGGUUAUGUAACUCAACAGCCCACAUUACACAAACGGUUUGUCUAUUUGUGUACUGGAGGUACAGCAUGUUUACAUUCGAGUUUGUAUUUAUUUGGGUUAUAAUUUAUGGGAGUUUUCUAUGACAUGAAUGAUUGGAAUGAAUCAAUAUUUUGUUUUGAGUAGGACGCCUCUGAGAGAUCAGCAACUUGGAAUGUAUCUGUUUAGAAAAUGGAAUGCAUCUCUGAGACUAACAGAUGUAGUUAUAUAAUAUAGUUAGUUACUGUUGACUGGCUAUGGUGGUCAGUAAGAAAAGCCUGUGUUUACAUGAUCCAGGACUUGGAGGGAGCUUGGCCAGACUAUUCAACCCUUGAGAUUGAAAAUGGAAAAUAGACUACUCAUGUGACCACUGAGCAUGUCCAAAUGACUCAAACAAUUUAGCAGAGCUGUUUGGCUUAUAGCAGAGUUGUUUGGUUUCCAGAGUCCAGCGGUUGGCUCUUUCUAAUAUCUCCAUGGGAAAUCCGUAGAGCCUGGUUGGACCAAAAUAACCUCACUCAUGGUCUCACGUCCACCAUGACAUCAACCGACCUCUAGGGCUGCACAAUAUUGGCAAAAACAUCUAACAGCGAUUUAGAUUUUUAACAAAUAUGGCUAUUGCUAUUUGACGUGCGAUGAAGAUCAAAAUAUUUGGGUGAACUGUUGGAAUUAUAGAAAUAUAUUGAAUUAUAUUAAGAAGCAAAGUGGAAAGCAGCAUCGUUCUUGUUUUUGAACAAUUUGUUGACUGCAUUGACCUGACGGAACAACAUGCGCAUGUAUAGUCAAUCAUCUAACAGCGAGGGGGAGGAACUGCGCUGCUUGAGUGACAGGGGGCGAGGCUUAGUGUGUGUGCGAAGCAGCCGCAAGAGGAGAAAAAAACGGAGUUAACUCUAAAACCUAAAGUUACUCAAGGCUAAGAUGCGUUUCAAAAAUAUUGCUUAUGAUAUGGAUCUUUUACGAUAUGGAAAUUGCACAUGUCAAUAUGUGAUUUUGAUGUGAAUUCGAUUAAUUGUGCAGCCCACUCUUGAGUUAAGACAUGACCAUUGGUUGACACUGGUUGGCCUCACUGUGUUCUAGCAUGCUAGUCUGUGCAGUCAGUGAGUUCCACACACGGCAGCUGUAUCUCCACAAAGACUACUGUGGUUAACAAGAUGUCACGCCUUGUCAGAGAUUGUUUUAUGUUCUUAAGUCUGACCAAAUAUAAUGGGUAUUUUUCCUCAUGUAGCUUUUUGCUUAUGAUUUCUGUUAACUAAAUAUUCUCUCAAUAAGUGUACAUGUAGUACAGUAUGAUUUCACUCAUGAAUUGUUUCAAUCAUAACAUUUCACUUUGUAAAUAUGUGAUGGAGGUGAAGAUGUUUUAUAGGGGAAGGAUGAAAGGCUUCCAGAAGCAGACAGUAUAGGGUUUGUUAACACAAUGUAACCACGUUUUAUGAUCACUAGCUGAUGUUUAUCUGUUUUUAUGUGUCGCGUAUUGAAUGUCUUUCUGCUACCAUAUUAUGUAGUGUAAUAGCAUUUCAAAAACAGGAUUGCAAGCGGUGGAUGCAUACCCAACUCAGAACUACAAAGUAACUCCAAAUAUACAUGUACAAUAGUAAUCAAAUCAAAAAAUGAUCUGAACAAAAUAGAAUUUCAGGAAAUGUCCUUUAAAACUGCGAUACGCCACUGAACCUUAUGCCAAAAUGCGGACGGGGUCCCAGGAAUGAUAGGGUUAUUGUAUAAGGUGUAACUAAAGAUGGUUCCAUUGCCUUAUGUUUAAAGUUCAUACUGAAAUGAACACAUAAGAGGUCUAAGCUGUGAAGGGAUGUUAUGGUAGGUUGAUCAACAUGUGCUAACAGUCUCGAGCAGUCAAAUCAUACUGGACAGUAUGUACUGGGACUAAGCUGAGGGGGUCUUUAGGCUAAAGAGUUGCAUACAUGCCACUAAAGACGACAUACACUUUUGAGUAUCUGAAACGUCUGAAAGGAGUGACUAAUGAUUGUAAUAUUGAGCUACUCAAAGUUCAUAGCGCACUUUGAGUAGGAAAGUAGAAAAGCUAGGAAAAGAGGCAUGAUUUGGUUUGGUAUGCCUCUUCCGACUUUACACGUAUUCCUGUGAAUUGCUACUAACCAAGAUGUUCUCCAUGUUUCAUACACAGCCUUCUCUCUCACUGUGAAAUGUUAUACAUCUGAAAUAGUUCAAAUCAAGUUCACUUUACUCAUAUGUGGAGUGGAGGAAGUGAAUUUCCCUUGGUUUGACUUAUAUAGUUAUCAGUAUUCUUGUUUUGAACCUAUGCAAACCUUAGUACUGCAAUCCAUCAUCUGUCUGUGUUGAUGUGUCUUGGUGUCUGACGUAUUGUUUGGAGCUAAUGUUUAUCACUGUAUUCUGGCUGUUUGCAUGCACGGCGGAAGUACCCCUGUUAUUUUUAUGGUGAGUUUGUAAUCUAGCCUAUAUUUUACUAAAACAACGGCAAUAAAGGCCUUUGUGAUGGGAAAUUCAAA